AUGUGGGACCAGAAUGACAGUGAUGAGUCAUUAACCCCAAGUAGAAGAGAAAGAACUGAACUCCACUGGCUCACACCUCCUUCUGCUUUCUUUGCAACUCUGUCUGACAAACUCCAUAUGGCUGAGAUGGAGAAAUCCAAUAUGUCAAAACUGAAGAAGUCAGAAAUGCAAGAGAAAAAUCUGCUUUCUUCAAAAGAAAUGACUGAACAGGGGAAGCAAGUAGGUGACUCAUGA